AUGGUGACUCAGUAUCCCGAGCACGAAAGGCAGGACGCUACAGAAGAAGAGAUCAAAGAGCUGCGGCACGUUGUAGACUCAGUUUCAUUGGCCGUUUGGGUCGCACUCGUCGCCAAUGCUACGGAGAGAUUCACCUUCUAUGCCGUAACAACGCCAUGGCCCUUUAGCCACUCCCAGAUCACUAAGGUGGUGGGACUGGGGUUCGCCAUGAUUGUCCUUGGAAUCGGCACUGCGGGCGUAAAGGCAACCGCCUCUCCAUUCAUUGGUGACCAAUACGCCGAAGCUGCUCCUCAAGUAAUCUCCACCAAGAAAGGGGAGCGCGUCAUUGCAGACCGGGCCCUCACACUUCAGUAUAUAUACAACGUGUCGUACUGGUUCAACUGGGAAGCUGCUACACCAGUAUACCAGUCGGAGAAGUUUGGCCACCAGGUCGAAUGGGAUGACAAAUUUGUCUUUGAGAUCAAGAGAGGUCUGCAGGCUUGUAAGGUGAUGGCCUGUUUUGUGCCAUUCCAUCUCUGUAUGAAUCAGAUUACAAACAAUCUUGUUUCACAGGCAGGACAGAUGAGGCUCGGUGGCAUCCCUAACGAUACUAUCCAAGCUCUAAACUCUAUCGCUUGCGUGCUACUGGGACCAAUCAUGCAGAGAUUUGUUUAUCCGAUUGUCCGCGGUCGGGGAUUUGCUUUCGGCCCAAUCGCGCGUAUAACAUGGGCUUUCAUCAUGAUGAGCACCGCAAUGGCAUAUGCUGCUGGAGUUCAAAAGCUCAUUUACACCAAGGGGCCUUGCUACGAUAAGCCCUUGCAGUGCGAAAAGUCGCCCAACGACGUGAGUGUUUGGAUCCAGUCGCCCGUCUACUUCCUUCUCGGCGUCGCCGAGAUCCUGGGCUUCACAACUCUCGCUGAGUACAGCUACUCGGAAGCGCCGAGGAACAUGCGCAGCUUGGUACAAGCGAUGGCCCAGCUGAGUUCAGGCGCUGGCUCUGCGCUUGGAAUGGCAUUCUCACCAUUGUCAAAGGAUCCCCAGAUUCUUUAUCUCUACACGGGUUUGUCUGUAACAAUGAUUACCACGGCGCCUACUUUCUGGCUCAUGUUUCGUGCGUAUGAUGACAGAGUGUUUGAAGAAGAAAAGUCGACCGACGAUGGGAGUAACCAGGCCGUAGAGCCAAUGGGUUCUGGCCCAUCUGAUGCUGCCGAAACAGGAGAGAAGGGCGACGGUGCCAAAACAUCUGCCUAA